AAUGGAUUACGGGCAAAACCUUACUGGAUCCCACAAAUCAGCCUUACUAUCGGCAACAAAGAAGGCUCGAUUAAAGACAAAUCCACCAAGAGUUCGAUUCGCUGAGGCCGAAAACGGUAGUGGCAAAUUGAAUUCUUCUGACGUCAUUAAUUCCUUGCAAGAAAAAUUGGGCAUAAGUGCAAUAGAAUACUUUGCUUUGGUGCUUCAAGACGUGACAAGUCCUACUAACAAUAAUUUAACACUAUUGUUAGCUGACGACAAUAUAUCUCAGAUUGCCUCGGAGCCUGCAUCUCAUAAUUUAAAAUGCAUCUUUCGACUUCAUUUUGUACCAUUUCAACCGUCCGAAUUAUUGACAAUCGACUCAAUUGCUUUCGAUUAUUUUUAUAUGCAGUGUUGCAACGAUGUGGUAGAAGAACGCCACGCCAGCCACUUGAAAUAUGACGUUCUAUUACGAUUAUCCGCUCUUCAAAUUCAUCAACACGCUUCGGCCUCAAAUCUACAAAAAGUCAACGUGAAAUUAAUUGAAAAAGAAUGCGGCCUAGAAAAAUUUGUUUCCGCAUCUCUGCUGACGAAUGCAAAAAAAAAGGACGUAAGACGAGUGAUUAGUCACGUGUUAUUAAAGUUAGUUGUUAAGGGUUUAGAGAAUACUCAAGCGAAGCUAGAAUAUAUAAGAUUACUCUAUGACAAUCUGGCGAACAUCGGAGGAAGAAUGUUUUACGUUACAGUUGUGGAAGAAAAACGUGAUCAUAAUAUACUAAUUGGAGCAAAAUUUGGCCUAGCGAAAGUUGUUAAUUUAAAGAUGAAGACGGUACGACAGUUAGCUGAUUUCGAUGAAAUCUCUUCCAUUACCGUAAUUCAACCCGAGCGUAAAAACGACAAAAUCAUGUACAAAGUGAAAAUUUCGUUAAUUAAUUCGCCUGACUCGGAAUCGAUAAAUCUUGUAAUGAUUGGGGACGUUAUGAAAAAUUUUGUAGGCCUAUUAGAUGGAUAUUGUCGAAUAAAGAGUACUAACAAGUGCUCUAGAUUAAAGAUAGUCGAAGAAGAGAAAGAAGAAGAGAUCUAUGAGAAAACGGUGGAAGUGCCUGAGGACUGGAAUUACGAGGAUAGCGAAGAUAAGAGUCCCAGAAGUAUAGACUUUACGCGAUUACCAGUCGAUAACGUCGACAAGUUGAGGAAAAAAGAACCAGAGGAAGAGCCCAACGACAAACCGACUACAACGUUGCUGGACCUCUCACCAAUAGGUGCCGCUCCGCUAGCCAGCCCGGACGUAAGCAGUCUUUCCGGUUCUUCUCUGGACGAUGAAGUAACAAUGAAGGAUGAUAGUGACGACACAACAGCUUGUACUGUUACACCAACUCAAAGCCCCGUUGAAACUGAAACUGAAGAUGCUGACACUCAUAGUGCUCGCUUAGUUCGAGCUGUGGACGAUUUUAAACCUAAAAACUUAGAUCAGCCUCAAUCGUUCGGCUUGCUUAGCCCCGCAAUUGACGGUGAUAGUUCCAAUGUCAAUUAUUAUAAUAGGAAGUUAUUUUGUGACGGAGGACAAUAUAUCGAUCCAGAAAUUAUUGAUUUAACAGCAAUACCGCCUCCAAAAACUCCCGACGAACCUGAAUUAGACAACAUCGAUUUUAGUAAAUUGGCGGCGCCCUCUGCCGAAUUUUCGGAUGAUUUGAGUAUUGUUCAAGAUCUGCCAGAGAACAUUAAGCAACGGAUCGACCAACUCGUCAUGGAGGAUGAAGAUAUCAAGACGGAACAUCUAGAAGCCUAUGAUGCAUUUAUCCUGGAAAGAUCCAAUUUAAAGGAUCAAGAAAGAGAAUCUGGCUUUGAUUCCGAUAGUGAUAAUGACUCUCCUGUCGACUCUUCCAUAUUUUUGAGUGAUGUAGAUGCUUUUAUUGCUAAAAACAGAGUUCCAAGUCCACCCAAGGAUGCCUCAAAAUUUACAUUUUCCCUAGACGAUCUACCGUUGCCGGUACUUGAAGAUACCAAAACGCUAUCGGACAUCGCUAUUGAUGCCCUUAUCGUGCCAGCACCACCCCCAAGAGAGGAUAUUGUUGACCCGCCUGAACAAUUUACCUUACCAACUUCACCUAGGCAAAUAGCUACCUCACAAACUGAUAAACUUCAAUCCUCCUCAGUGUCAAAAUUACGAGAUGAGUUUGAAUGCGAUAAAAAUGGUACUUCUCCCGCAAAAUCGAUUCCCGAUAUCAUUAAGUCGACAGUGAGUAUAAAACAACGAUGCAAUAAAAUUGAGACUACUGUAAAUGAUGAGCAAAGUAAGGAACCAAAUGUUAAACGUUGCUCGAGUUUCGAAAAGAAACAGAUCAAGGUCGUCCAAAAAGUCUCUCAGGAACUACAGGCGAAAAUGACUGAAGAGUUAAACAAAAAGCUAAAGGAUCGACCAUCUGAUAUGGUUUCCAUCCCUGUUCCCCCACCUUUACCUCCGAGUAGAUCGAUUUCUGUUCCUGACGAUUCGACUAUCGAUAAAAAUGCAAUUUACUCAACCUUUAAACCUCAGAAUGACGUUGAAAAUAUUUAUGGUAUAAACAAGAUGAAUAGAUCCGUAGUGACGUCUAAUUUAACUAGAACAAAAGUACCACCUCCACCGCCACCUCGCCGAGGAUCUGUGCCAAAUUCUCCUAAUCGAGUUUACAGUCAGAAUCCAUUUUGCCAUGUAAGAGUUUUACCCGUUUCGCAUUCUCGGACUGGUUCUGAACCAGUUUUAGCCCAAACCGAACAAAUCGAUAAUAAUAAGAGAAACUCAAUGGAAAUAGAGAAAUCUGUAAUUGAUCAAGUUAUUCAAUACGAGGAAAGGCAUCACGUGCCUGCUCAUGUGCCUAAGAAUUCCAGAUCACCAAAUCCCUCAAGGAAGGCUUUUCCAUUUAUAAAGCGAAGAACAUCUGCCAGUUCGGUAAAUAAUUAUGCUGAAAUAGGCGAUUUCGCUACCCUAGAUCGAUCGCCUCGCUCCAUGACACCAUCACCAGCUGUCCAAAGACAUCAUUCUUCGAGUAGGAUCGACGGAAAUAGACUAAGCAACUCAAUAAGAAAUUUAAUGGACAGCGGAGGAACGCUAACUAGAGGAAAAAAAUCUAAAAAAUCAGAGAACGUUUACGCCACCUUGAAUUAUCCUCUGUUACAGAAUAACACACCUUCACCAAUCUCUUCCCUUCUGGAAGGAAAUGAUGCAAUUUCGGUAAUACCCGAUCGUCCUACACCAGAUUUUUCAACAUUUAAGAGAUCCACACCGCCCAUGUCCAGAAAAACCCCUCCAAUCGAAAGGCCUUCUAGGCCAAGAUCGGACUCUAAGAAAAGUCUUGAAAGUGAUAAUAGUUGCGAGUCAUCCGAAGGCAGUCCGGCUAGAACUUUAGACGAGAAUCGCUCACAAACAAUUCAGGAUCUGCUUGACAAGACAUAUUCAAGUGAUACAGUUUUAAGCGAUAUACCAGUUGAUAUUGAAAUUCUUGUUAGAGCUGUUAACGGCGCAGUGGAUGCCGUAAACGCUGUCUAUCGAAGCGAUGAUACCAACGCAUUCAAUGCAUGUAAAGAAGCAUUAGUUACUGAAGCCAGAACAUUUGUCACACAUUCCAAACAAGUACUUAGCUCAGCAACGAGCUCAGAACGGAAAUUGAUAGAUACAGUUCAAAUCGGUAUGAAAACCUUAGCAAAGCUAGUACAAUUAGCUACAGCAACUAUUUCUACACUGACUUCUCCGGCAAGAGCUCACGAGCUUGGUUCAAGAGUGAAGGAAGUCGCAAGAAGUUAUAGGACUACGGUAAAUUCAGCUAGACCUGCCGCAGGCUUACCAUUGCACCAUCCACUUAUGAAACUGCUGGUCAGACAGGCGGGAUCGCUUGCUGCUUCCCUUACAGCACUAAUGAAAACGCUCAAGGUGCUAGACGCAUCGUAG